GGUACGCUGGCAUUUCUCUUGUCUCUCUCGCACACGUCCGUGCGCUGUGGUAGUUGUUGAAGAGCCCAUGAUGGACUCAGUUGCUUUGCCUGAGACAGAGGACCAGCCUGAGACUGAGGUCUGUGUCGGGCAAAAUGUCUGCACACCUCGGACCAUACUAGAGGGACUGGUGGCACCGAGGCACUUUGGAAAACCCAGCCUGGCUGCUCCGGGGGAAGGAGUGGAGAUUGUUGUCCCAGACGCUGAAGGUUUGAGCUCUCUUCAGUCACCGCAGCGUGAAGAACUGAAGGAGUCAGACUCGACAGAAAACGAUGUUGGACAUGUUCUCCAAGAGAACCGUGUUCUGUCAGAGGAGAGUGAGGACCCUGUGCCACAGGCAGAGGACAGUUUCGGGCCUGCCAUGAGCUCUCCACUCAGGCACUAUAUUGAUGGGACUGUGCCUGAUCUGCUGAGGAGUGGGAGCCCCCUGCAAAGGAGAGUGUCCAGUCCAGUGUCUAACACCCUAAAGGUGGUCCGUCGGGAGGUGGAGCUAUCUCGGCGGAGGAGCCUCAAGCUAAAAGCACAGGUGGAGAAACUCCAUAACCGGAGUACCUCGGACUGGACCCAGCAGAGACCACAGGUGACAGAGGAGGUUCAGUCUCUUCUGAAGCUUCUGCUUCCUCUAACGGACGUGGAUCCGACCCAGCCGGGCUCCUCUGGUUCUGAGGAUCCUCUUGAUGUGGCCCUGAGCCAGCUGCAGAAGGUGGCCCGCGUCCUGGCCCUGAACCACACCAAGGGAAAUACUGAAGAUGGGGACAGUGCUGUUCUACAACAGGCCUUACGAGACAGAGACCAAGCAGUCACAAAGAAGAAAGCCAUGGAGAGGGAGCUGCUGAACAGCAAGACGGAGAUGAUGAACAUGAACAACCAGCUGCUGGAGGCGGUGCAGCACCGGCUGGAGCUCUCUCUGGAGCUAGAGGCCUGGAAGGAGGACUUCCAGCUGCUCCUCCAGCAGCAGGUGUUGUCUCAGCAGGCUCAGGCUCAGGCUCAGGCUGAGCAGUCUCAGAAGAAGGGUGGCCUGCUGGGGUCGUUUGGUAGAAAGACAGGCAAAGCCUCUCCCAAAACCCCCCCAUCCCCUUCCCCCGCUCGCCUGACCCCUGCUGCUGCUGCGGCCCCCGCCGUGAGCACGGCCAAAGCACCUGCGGAGAGAGAGGCCCCAAACCGCUGGAGGGUGAAUUUCAGGCGAGGUCGCACCAGCAAAGGGCCUGACAACACCACAAAACCAGAGGACAACAGUAAAAAACAAUACCUCACACAACCAUCAGGGGGCAGGAGAGAGAGCCAAUUCCACACUGUCUCUCUGGACUGAGUAAACAACAUGUACAGAUGUGAUUGAAGA